AUGGCUGAGAAUUCUCAACAGUUUGGAGUCAGAUCUGAGGGCGUAACUAGGAGGGUUAAUGAGGACCAACAGAGAUUUCAACAAGACUCGCAGAAAUUUCAACAAGAGACUCGCACAAGCAAGGCACAAAUGUCACAACUGGCAUCUUCGAUGAGCAACUUUGAGAAUGGUAAAGGAAAACUACCAUCUCAGGUAAUUCCCAAUCCAAAGGAAAAUGCAAGUGCAAUGUUUCUACGAAGUGGAAAGGAGAUGCACUCCUCAAAACCAGAGGCAACAGGAGUAGGAGAUGAACGAAAGUGUGGGGAACUUGAGAAGGAAAAGGCCCUGAACUUAGGACCUCUAAAAGAGACACGAGUGGUAAUACAACUAGCUGAUAGGUCAAAUGUUUACCUUGAUGAUGUGGUUGAAGUCGUCCUAGUGAAAGUUAACGAGUUUAUCUUUCCGGCAGAUUUCUAUAUUGUUGACAUGAAUGAUGAAUACUCCGCUAAUUCAGCUGUACUUCUUCUUGGUAGACCGUUCAUGAGUACGGUCAGAACAAAGAUAGAUGUGCAUGAAGGGACCCUUUCUGUAGAAUUUGACGAGGAGACAAUCACUUUUAACAUUUUUGAUACAAUGAAAUACCCAAAUGAUACUGAGUCUGUUAAUUGUGUUUGUCUCACUAAUUCAAUUGUGCAAGAUGAUUUUGAGCAGAAUUUUGUGGAAGACAAACUGGAAUUCGUGUUGCAACGGAACAAGACAAAUGAAGAGGUGGAAAGUGUGGAUGAUGAAGAUGCCAUAGAAGCAAUUAUAUCACUACACUCACUUCCUGCAUUUUUCGAUAGAUCAGUAGACUCAUUUUUACCAUUGCCCACUUCUAAUGAGAGAAUUUUACCUUCUGUUGAACAGGCAUCCGAGUUGGAACUGAAAGAAUUGCCAAAACACCUGAAAUAUACUUAUCUUGGAGAUCAUAACACUCUACCGGUCAUCAUCGCGAGUGAUCUAACAGCAGUAAGAAGAAAAACUCUUACGAGUAAGGGAAUCCAUCUGUUGCAGAUAAUCGGCAAUCAAAUGGACGUUGGCAGAUAUCAAAGCGAGUGGGUAAGUUCAGUGCAUGUCAUCCCUCAAAAGACCAGCAUUACACUUGUGCAGAAUGAGAGGAAUGAGUUGGUGCCAAUGAGACUCCAAAAUGGAUGGAGAAUGUGUAUCGAUUUUAGAAAAUUGAAUUCAGCCACAAGGAAAGAUCAUUUCUCAUUACCAUUCAUCGAUGAGAUGCUCAAGAGAUUGACAGUUUACGGUGAUUCAUUUGAUCAAUGCCUGCAUCAUUUAACAAUGGUUUUACAGCGGUGCAUUGAAACAAAUUUGGCACUUAACUAUGAAAAAUGUCACUUUAUAGUGAAAGAGGGUAUUGUUUUGGGUCAUGUUGUUUCGUCUAGGGGUAUCAAAAUCGAUAAAGCAAAGGUUGAUUUCAUUUCUAGCUUUCCUUACCCCACUAAUGUCAAGGAGAUUCGUAGUUUUCUUGAUCAUAUAGGUUUUUACAGACGAUUCAUCAAGAACUUCUCACGAAUUGCACAACCAUUGUCCCAACUACUUCAAAAGGAAGCAACAUUUGAUUUUGGACAAUCGUGUAAAGUGUCCUUCGAUACAUUAAAGAGCAUGUUGACCACAACACCAAUCAUUCAACCUCCGGAUUGGAGCCUACCAUUCGAGCUUAUGUGUGAUGCCAGUCAGUAUGCGAUGGGGGCUGUACUUGGUCAGAGAAGUGGGAAGUGUAGCCAUGUCAUUUACUAUGUUUCAAAAACACUAUCGCCAGCUCAAUACAACUACACCACAAUUGAAAAGAAGCUUUUAGCAAUUGUUUUUACUUUUGAGAAAUUUCGAUCGUAUUUAUUGGAAUUGAAAGUAAUAGUUUUCUCUGAUCAUACAGUCCUAAAAUACCUGUUGGCAAAAAAGGAGUCUAAACCAAGACUCAUUCACUGGAUACUCCUGCUGCAAGAGUAUGACUGGGAGAUCAAAGAUCGAAAAGAGGUGGACAAUUUCGUGACAGACCAUCUAAGCCGACUGAAUCGAGAAGAAGAGGCAGUGCCCAUAUCUGAAGUAUUUCCAAAUAAACACUUGUUUCAGCUCAGAGAUGAGGAACCCUGGUAUGCUGAUAUUGUUAACUUUUUGGUCAGUCACAAAUUUUCAAGUGCUGUAGAUUAUGUGUCGAAGUGGAUAGAAACCAAGGCUACCCAGACUAAUGAUUCACAAGUUGUUGCAGAAUUUCUUAAGUCCACAUUUUUAGUAGGUUUGGUGUGCCAAGAACGAUCAUCAGUGACCAAGACCAACAGGCAGACUGAGGUCUCUAAUCGCGAUAUCAAGAGUAUUUUGGAGAAAACAGUCAACCCAAAUCGCAAGAAUUGGAGCACCCGAUUGGAUUAUGCACUAUGGUCAUACUGCACGGCGUACAAAACACCAAUCGGGAUAUCUCCAUAUAGUUUGGUUUAUGGUAAGAUGUGUAAUUUACCUGUGGCACUUGAGUAUCGUGCGCUUUGGACAGUUAAACAGUACAAUUUGAGUGCGGAUAGAAAUGACAAGGAAAGGAAGCUCCAACUUCAAGAGUUGGAAGAAAUCCAUUUGGAGGCUUACGAUAAUGCCCAACUUUACAAGGAACGCACAAAAUCCAUCCAUGAUAGGCUAUUGCGCAAUAAGCAAUUUUCUAUAGAGCAAAAGGUACUUCUGUUCAACUGA